AUGGAUCCAGCAGAAAUCUUGUUUUGCCUAUUUCAGGAGGAUUCCCCAGUCGAGGAAUAUGCUGAGGUAUUCGUGGACCUGUGUAACCAGGUCAGCUUUGGAGAGAAGACUCUCAAGGACAUCUUCAGGUAUAGACUAGAGAACAUCCUGCGCUACUUAAUGCCGACUAGACGAGAGAUAGGAUCGUUGUGGGAUUUCGUCAACUUGGCGUUGCUCCUGGGCGGGUCCUCAGUAACCCCCCUGCCCUCCGACACUGCUUUGGUCUCGGGCUUUGCCUCCAGCACCACCCUGGCCGCCAACUCCGCUUUGGUCCCUGGCUCGACCUGCAGCACCACCCUGGUCUCCGGUUCUACUCUUGUCUCUGGCGCCGCCUCCAGCACCACCCUGGUCACCUACUCUUCCGGCUCCGCCCUGACCUCCCGCUCUUCCGGCUCCGCCCUGACCUCCCGCUCUUCCGGCUCCGCCCUGACCUCCCGCUCUUCCGGCUCCGCCCUGACCUCCCGCUCUUCCGGCUCCGCCCUGACCUCCCGCUCUUCCGGCUCAGCCCUGACCUCCCGCUCUUCCGGCUCAGCCCUGACCUCCCGCUCUUCCGGCUCCGCCCUGACCUCCCGCUCUUCCGGCUUCGCCCUGAUCUCCCGCUCUUCCGGCUUCGCCCUGGCCUCCCGCUCUGCUGGCUCUGCCCUGGCCUCCCGCUCUGCUGGCUCUGCCCUGGCCUCCCGCUCUGCUGGCUCUGCCCUGGCCUCCCGCUCUGCUGGCUCUGCCCUGGCGUCCCGCUCUGCUGGCGCCACCCUGGCCUCCUGCUCUGCCGGUGCCUGGUUUGGCUCUGUAGCCCACGGACCCCGAAUUCAUGAUUAUGGAAUACAUACAUUUCACAAAAGUUCUACAACAUUAACUGUGAAAUCCGUCAGAAACCAGGACAAGGACUGGAGUGGAUCGGGCGCAUUGAUGCUGGCACUGGCACAAUAUUCACUCAGUCUCUACAGGGCCAAUUCUCCAUCAGUAAAGACACCAAUAAAAACUUGCUGUACCUAGAAGUGAAAAGUCUGAAAGCUGAAGACACGGCAGUUUAUUACUGUGUACGAGAGUCACACUGACACAACAGGCUCCAGAGCUGUACAAAAACUUACACAAGCACGUCAUCGUGAGCUGUAAAUAUUCCCUCAGCAGGAAGCUGCACCCCAGAGACCUUUAUUAUAAACAACAUCAUCUAUUCACACUCAGCACUCAG